AUGGCCGACGUUAAAUCGCCCCCUGCCAGCCGUGUCGCCGUGACCGCGCAAUCCGCGACGGAGCUCAUCGGCAACACUCCCCUCGUCCGGCUAAACAGGAUCCCCCAGAGCCUAGGUCUAGAGUGCGAUGUCUACGCCAAGGUUGAGCUCUUCAAUGCUGGCGGAAGCGUCAAGGACAGGAUAGCUCUGCGCAUGAUUGAAGAGGCUGAACGGUCAGGUCGCAUCAAGCCCGGCGACACCCUCAUCGAGCCCACCAGUGGCAAUACUGGUAUUGGCCUCGCUCUUGUCGGUGCCGUCAAGGGAUACAAGACCAUCAUCACUCUCCCCGAGAAGAUGUCUGCCGAGAAGGUCUCCGUUCUGCGCGCUCUCGGUGCCACCAUCAUCCGUACCCCUACCCAGGCGGCCUGGGACAGCCCCGAAUCCCACAUUGGCGUUGCUCGUCGCCUGGAGAAGGAGAUCCCGAACGCUCAUAUCCUCGACCAGUACGGAAAUCCCGACAACCCUCUGGCCCACGAGUUCGGCACGGCCGAGGAGAUCUGGACCCAGACCGGCGGAAAGGUCACGGCCAUCGUGGCGGGCGCCGGUACGGGCGGCACCAUCACCGGCAUCGCCCGCGGCAUCCGCAAGCACAGCGCCGACGUCAAGAUCAUCGCCGCCGACCCGCACGGCAGCAUCCUCGCCCUCCCCGAGUCGCUCAACGCCGGACACGCCAACGAGCCCUACAAGGUGGAAGGCAUCGGCUACGACUUCAUCCCCGACGUCCUGGACCGCGAGCUCGUCGACAAGUGGUACAAGACGGACGACCGCGAGUCGUUCCAGCUCGCCCGCCGCCUGAUCGCCGAGGAAGGCCUCCUCGUAGGCGGCAGCUCCGGCUCCGCCAUGGCCGCCGCCAUCCGCGCUGCCAAGGACUUCAACCUCGGCAAGGGCGACACCCUCGUCGUGCUCCUCCCCGACAGCAUCCGCAGCUACCUGUCCAAGUUCGCCGACGACGACUGGCUGGCCGCCAACAACCUGCUUCCCGAGGUCAACGGGUUCGAAGCCGGUCCGACCGAGGCCGUCGCCGCCGCGUCCACGGACGCUCACACCGCCGCUUCGGACCCGUACGGCGGCGCCACCAUCCGCGCCCUGCGCCUGAAGCCGGUCAUGUCGGUGACCAGCACCAGCCCGUGCGCCGAAGCCGUCGAGAUCAUGCGCGAGAAGGGCUUCGACCAGCUCCCGGUGCAGUCGCCCGGCGCGGGCCGCCUCGUGGGGCUCGUCACGCUGGGGAACCUGCUCAGCUACAUCUCGUCCGGCCGCGCCACGGGCGCGAGCCCCGUCAGCGACGUCAUGUUCGAUUUUGGCCGGCUCGAUGAGGUCAUCACCGACCCCCGGCAGGUGGGGCCGGCGGCGGCGGCGGCGACGCGCGAUGCGAGCGGGAAGAAGAACAAGAGGCACUUUGUCGAGAUCACCAUGGAUACGCCGCUGGCGGUGCUGAGCAAGUUCUUUGAGUGGAACAGCGCGGCGGUCGUGACGGAGAAGGCCGACGAUAGCAAGGCGCAGACCCUGUCCAAGCCGUUGGCCAUUGUGACCAAGGUGGAUCUCCUGACUUGGAUGGUCAACAAGAAGCUGUGA